GUCUCCUGGGCUUGUCUCCUACACAACCUGGUGUUUUUAAGUGAACACGGGUUCGUGGUCUGACAGGGGUGCAGGGAGGGUUGGCUGGUUCUAAAAGCACCGCUGUGGCUGCCAUGCCCCGCUCUCUGCUGCUGACUGUGCCAGCCAACUCCCAGCAGAGUCUCCGCCAACAGGGGCCUCCUGUGGGCACCCGGGUCCAGGGCUCACGGUCAAAGCUCACGCUCAGCCCUAAGAACUCUGUGUGGAGGGCUGGGCCCACUGCGCGUCAGGCCUGCUGAGAGUCCUGCCGUCUAACCUGAGCUCCGAGUGCCGUCCCAGCGGAGCGUGGGUCCCUGAGCCUCUGCGGCCGAGCCAGCACGCAGGGUUAGCUCUGGUCAUGUUCUCAUGUCACCGCUCCCUCACCAUUAGCCAUGUCUGAGACAAAACGCUUGGUUAUAGAAACGUCUAUAAAUGAACUGCCACUGCGGGGGAAGCUGUGCAAGGAGGAGAGCCCAGGAACGACUCCGCGCUGCCUGGUGGCUCCAGCAAGGAUCCGUGGUUAUUUGCUUCUCUCGGGUCCAAACCCGCUCCCUUGUCAUGCCUCGUCGUGUGUGGGGCUCUGUGGUGCCGAGGCCGAGGGCAGCACAUGCAUCUUAUUCAUCAUGAGAACUGUGCUCCUCGUUACUCACUUCCUCACCCACUGAGCUUACUGUGGCCGGAGCCUCUGCAGGCUUCGUCCCGCCCACUGGAGUCCUCUAAUCGUCAGCAUCAGAUGCUCCAUUUCUAGGGCUGGGGAGGCCCCUCCCAGCAGCCGGCCCUGUGAACCCACCGGACGGCGUCCUGCUUGACCAGGUCGUAGUGAGAUGUGUCUGUUUCACACAGAGUGUGGCCAUUGGGUUUCCAUGCAGGACACGGACAGUGUCCUGGUCAGUGCAGAGAGGUGCGUGUGCCUCGUGCAGUCGCCACGACCUGCAGUGUGCACACACACUCUGCAGCAUGCUUGCACAUACACAUGCCCGCACACACAGGUCCCCACCACUGCAGUGUGCACACACACUCUGCAGCAUGCUUACACACACACAGGUCUCCAUUACCUGCAGUGCGCACACACACUCUGCAGCAUGCUUACACAUGCACAUGCCCACACACAUAGGUCACCACAACCUGCAGUGCGCACACACACUCUGCAGCAUGCUUGCACACGCACAUGCCCACACACACAGGUCUCCAUUACCUUCAGUGCGCACACACACUCUGCAGCACGCUUACACAUGCACAUGCCCACACACACAGGUCCCCACAACCUGCAGUGUGCACACACACUCUGCAGCACGCUUACACAUGCACAUGCCCACACACAUAGGUCACCACAACCUGCAGUGCGCACACACACUCUGCAGCAUGCUUACACACUCAUGUGCCCGCAUACUCAGGUCCCCACCACCUGCAGUGCACACACACACUACUCAACGCACUUGCACACGCACAUGCCCACACACACAGGUCCCUACCACCUGCAGUGUGAACACACUCCGCAGCACGCUUACACAUGCACAUGCCCACACACACAAGUCGCCACUACCUGCAGUGUGCACAUGCACUCUGCAGCACGCUUACACAUGCACAUGCCUGCACACACAGGUCGCCACAGCCUGCAGUGUGCACACAUGCUCCACAGCACACUUACACAACACAUGCCCAUGCACAGGGCACCUUUUGCGUGUGCCGUCAGCACCGGGAAAAAGCAGGGCAGGGUGGGCAUUCUCAAAGACAAUGUUUAAAAAGGUUUUGUUUUAUGGAGCAGUUUUAGGUUCAUAGGAAAAUUAAGUGAAGGGAACAGAGACUUUCCGUCUACCCGGCCCCAGACCCACACAGCCCCCCAUUACCAACACCCCCACCGAUGAGCCUGCAUGGACGCGUCACCACCUGAGCCUGUGGUUUACAUGAGGUUCGCUGUCGGUGCUGUACAUCCUGUGGGUCUGGACAGAUGUAUCAUGACAUGUGUCAUCCGUCAUUGUAGCAUCGUGCCGGGCAUCCUCACUGCCCUAAGAACCCUGUGCUCUGCCAUCCAGCCCUCCCCCAGCCUCUGGCACCCACUGAUCUUCUCGUGUCUCCACAGUUUUGCCUUUCCAGAACGUCACAGGGGUGGCAUCAUGACAUGAGCCUUUCAGAUUGGCUUGUUUCACUUGUAAUGUGCCGUUAAGAUUCCCGCACGCCUUCGCAUGGCUGGACGGCUCAUUUCUUGUGAGCUCUGAGUGACAGUCCAUUGUCUGGAUGGACCACUGUUGAUUUAGCCCUUCACCAGCAGAAGGACAUCCUGGUUGCUUCCAGCUGCUGGCCAGUGUGAACAAAGCUCUGUAACAUCCGUGUGCGGGUUCCUCUGUGGACAUCGUUGUCAACUCCUUCGGGUGAACACCGCGGACAUGAUUACUGGAUUGUAUGGUGAGAGUACGUAUGCUUAAUUUUGUAAGAAACCUUCAAACUGUCUUCCAAAGUGAGUGUAUCGUUUUGCGUUCCCACCAGCAGACGGAGAGUCCCGCUGCUCCGCGUCCUCGCCAGCACGUGGCGGUGUCAGUGCUCUGGGUUCUGGCCGUGCCGACAGAGGGAGUUUCCCGGGAGCCGGCGUGUGGAUGCAGCUGCUUCUACCAAGCCCACUGUGACUAAGAGGUCAGGCCGUCUCUGGGAACCUCAGGAAAACCAGGCCUAAGGAGUAAGAGCGUGUUCAAACCAUGGAAGACCCGGCCUGGGAGCAUGUCCAGGGUCUUCAAGGACAAGGUGAACGAACAGAUGGAGGAUCUUAGCAGAGAAACAGAAACCGUCAGAGAGAACCCGAUGCAAAUUCUAGAAUUAAAAAGCAUGACCUCUGAAAUGAGGAUUUCACAGCAGCUGGAGAUGGCCCCACAGUGUCCCUGCUUGUGUGAAGACAGGAGUCCCAUGCGGGGACUCCUGUGGCCAGGACAGGGCGCCAACCCUGCCGCCCUCCUCUCUCCUGGCACCCAUCCCUCCUCCCACUCAACGUCAAAGGCGGGCACCUGAGCCCACCGGGUUCCAGCAUCACCGUUUCGGGUGGGAACAGCUGCCUUAGCAAUGGGAGGACGCGCUGGCAUCCUUGCAGCUAGGACUUCACGCAUCUCCGUAAUUACCUUAAAGUGGAUUCCAAAGUGGGCCUAAUUGAGAGAAAGAUGGCGAGUUCCUUUCUAACUCCAGAGCCCCUGGGCCUCGUGUUCCCAUUUGUACAUUAUUUCCUCCUCCUCCCCAGAGGGUGCCCAGGACCGGUUCUGGAAGCAGCAGCGGUAGGACGUGGGUGGAGCAGGGCCAGGCGUGCCCAUGGAGACCUGAAAUAGGCGGUGGCCUUGGCUCGCAGUCCUGCUGUCCCGGGGAUGGGGCUGGUGGAGUAUUCAUGUGCAGGGAAACGCGGAGAGAGGACAUUCCCUACAGCUUUGGUUAAAAGAGCAAAACCAAACAGCCCCCGGAUGUCCAUUCUCGGCAGCUGGACCCACAAGCGAUGAGGCAGCGUGGCAUCCACACUCUGAAGAACGUGCCGCUGAGAACUCGAGCCCGACGCCUGAGCUCGGCCCGCUGCGGGCCAUGGUGCGGCGUGGGAGCCCGGUGGGACAUGGAGAGUCAGGGGGAACUGUGAGCAUCGGUUGAGAAGACUGAGCAGACGCAGGUCUGGAAGGAGAAUGGGUGAGCUCUGGUGGUGGUUGAUGGAGGUGCGAGGGGGCGCGGGGGGUGAUCUUCCACCACAGCUGUUAGCCGUGAGCUCUUCGCAACGAGCUUGUGUAAUUUCUGUGCCCGAGUGAGAGAACAUGCUUCUCUGAGCCAGACCUCUGCUGGGACCCAGGGCGGCUCAUGUCUCCCGGAA